AAAAUUAUGUGAUUUCGAGCUGUGCCAACUUCGAUAUUUUUUUCCCUGUAUGGCUUCCAACUGUGAUACUCCGCAGGAUCUUGAUCCCAGCAGAUUAAUUAUAAAAGUAUGGGAAUUUUUUGCAAUUGCUGCAAGCGGAUUAUGCCAAUUAUAUAAAGGCAAAAUUGAUCACUGUGCUGAUUUUCAAAAUUUACUGGAUACGCUGUCUUCGAUUGAAAGGUUCUAUAGAGGAUCUGAGAAUUCUGUAGAAGCUGCACUAAGCUAUGGAAAAAUUGUCGGUUCUCAAUAUCUACGCCUUCAUUUGAGAGAUUUAGCUUAUGAGAAUAUUCAAACUACUACAGGGGACAAUGGGGUUGAAGUUUAUGUGCCUUUGGAAUCAUUAUUGCUUGGGAGCACUAAAACACUUGGUCGUUCCAAGAAACUCCAAAGAAAGCGUCCACGCCAUUGUGUUUAUUGUCCUCGUUUAUCUAAGAGAAUUGCUUUGGACUAUUGCGGUCACAAGCGUUGUCGUAAUAGAUGCUCUAAAAACAAACGAACAUUCUUUCCUGUUAUGAACACCGUCUUAGAUGAUUCAAAUUUGUAUGGCGUCAUUGAUGGUCUCAAUGGAGAUGGAUCUAUCAGACACAACGAUGAAGUAGUAAAGUCUAUAGUGCCUAGUUCGUUAUCGGCAUCAAAAGCUUUCACACCCCCUAUCAGUUCAUUCGUCAAUCAUUCAAGCAUUUCACAAUUAGUUUGUGAUGGAUUGACCCAGAGAAGAAAGCGUCAUCAUCGCAUACUACCUAGUUAUCAAGUAGCGAAUAACCGUGUCUGUAAUUCUACUGAUUAUCAUGAUGAAUCAAUCAAUCGGGAUCCAUUCAAUGUCUUUCAGGAUGCUGUACAGAUCAUAAGUACGUUUAUCACGUAUCGUUCUUUUCAAAUAUAGAUGUACAUAAAUUUUCAAAUUAAAUUUAGUGACUUUUAGCGUUCAAAGGAACCCUUUUGGGGCUAAUGCCAGUCACAAGCCCAAUUGAAGAAGAAGAGUUGGGCACAGGGUUACCAAUCCCACUACAGAAUCGUUAAUUAGGAAAAUCCGAAUAAAUACUGCUAUGGGGAGAAUAAUCUUCAGACUAAAGUGUUGGUAUGGUGAUAGCCGACUAUCUUAGAAAGCCCCAAGAACUACCGUCUAGGAGUUUAUGUGUCUUUAUUAAAUACAAUUGGCCAAAAUUAGAACGCAAUUACUGAUUUAUGCUUAUAAGAUCUUCUUGAUCCGCUCUCCAAAUUUUCAGUGACCAGUAGCACUGGGAACUCACAAAACUCGUUCAAGCGUCCUCGUAUUGAAAGUUCUACUUCUUCCAAGGAUGACUCGAACAAUAUAUUACUAUGAUAUCAGCCACACUGUACAUUAUGUCGGUUAGAUCUCGUGUUAUUUGAUCAACGUAAAAUGUUUUCAUAGUUUUUCUCCAAAAUUUCCUUCGUACCUCCUCAACUUCAUUGAAUAAUUCGACUUCUAUAUGUUCCUAAAGCUGUUUAUGAUUUUCUCUUCUUCCUAAACUAGCUGACAUACACGCAUUUGUGAAAUAUUAUUGGUAUCUCCCUUUGUAUUUAAGUGGUAUAUUUCAUCAUAUGUUGUAUUUCUCAAAAGUAAUAUAAUUAGAACCCUAAAUUAUUACUGUACUUUCUAGUUUUAAAAAAAUUUGUGAUGUGUCCAUUAAACCUUUUCUGGUUACCAUUUACCCGUCACUCAUCAGUUACUUUAAAAAUAAACGUUGAGCGCAAAUCAAUUCAUUUACUUGGUUUGUCUUGCCAA